AUGUUCUCAUCACGCAUCUCCACACCCCUGACAUCCGACCCCACAGCCGAAGACAUAUUCGAAUCCGCACUCUCGACGCUCUUCACCGACGUGACGCAGAACAGGCACGGCACACCUGGCGCCAGCGUCACAUACCACUCGCCGCGCUUCGGGCCCAUCUCUCUCCGCAUCCCCACACACCCGGAUGUCGAGGACGGGAGAAACCUCUUCGCCCAUUACUUGUGGAACUCGGGCGUGAUUGCGGCGGAUGCGAUUGAGGUUGCGAGCGCCGUUGAAGAUGUGGAUGGCGGGGGCGAUGUGGGGAAUGGCGAAGAUGAUACAGGUAUGGCGAAUGAGUCUCCUGAGGCGGGAGCGACGAGGGUGGUUGAUUGGGGCAGGCGGCGCUAUUGGAAUGUCAGAGGGAAGCGGGUUCUCGAGUUGGGCGCCGCAACAGCACUCCCCUCCCUGAUUUCCGCCCUCAGUGGCGCCGGAACCAUCACCAUCACUGACCACCCGUCCUCGCCCGCCCUGACAAUGGGUGCGAUCGAACAGAACGUGCGUGAAAAUAUCACGGCUCGGAGGAAACAGUGCGACGGAAAGACAGGGCCUCCUGAAGGCAUCUCUACCACUGCCACUGACCUCACUACCAACAUCCAAGUCCUCGGCUACGUAUGGGGCACGGACACAAUGUACACGACGCAGAGCUAUGGGCGACCAGCGCCGCCAGAGCAGCAGCCACAGCCGAACACGUACGACCGCAUCGUCGUCGCUGAUUGCUUAUGGAUACCGUUUCAGCACGGGAAUAUCGUCAAGACGAUACUGCGGUACCUUACGGCGCAGGAGACCGGGCCAGAGCACGAGGAAGAGGCAGAAGACCCACCCUGCGCACUGGUCAUCACGCCGUUCCACACUGGGAGAGGUAUUGUGCGGAAUUUCUUUGGGCUCGCAACGGGGGAGUGGAAGGGUUAUGAGGAUGAUGAUGGGGAUGGGCAGGGAGAAAGGGAUCCUGAGUUGGCGGAUGUGUCGGGGAAGUUGAAGGCCUUGGAGAUGUUUGAGAUUGAUGUUGAUGGGAUCAAGAGGCCGUGGCAGCCAAUACGGCAGGAUGAGACCAAGAAUCAGGCGAAGCGGUGGUGUGUCUGUGCUGUGUUGGCGAGGAGGUGA